ACUCAGAAGGGCUUAUUGCAAGUUGGCAAAGGUCUUCAAUUUUGUCAUAAUGAUGCCAAAAUUGUUCACUCGAAUCUGGUUCCAGAAGCCAUAUUUGUAAACGUUAAGGGCGAUUGGAAAAUUGGAGGUUUUGGAUUCAGCACUUUUCUCAAUAAUCCGGAUGCAAAACCAGAAUAUGAAUAUCCUGAUUUUGAUUCACGGAUACCGAGCUAUGCUCAAAAAAAUUACGAUUAUAUGGCUCCAGAGUAUGUGCUAGAUGAGUCACUUGAGUUUGCAAAUGAUAUGUAUGCACUUGGUUGUUUGAUAUAUACAGUACACAGCCAUGGAAGACCUCCUGCAGAAAAUCGUAACAGUAUACAUAAUUAUCGCAAGAACAUUGAAAGGUUAUCAUCGACUAAGUAUGACCAUCUUCCUUAUCAUCUUCAUG